CCCUCUUUCCUGUUGGCUUGGUUUUCUUUUCAUCUUAAUAGUACAACUUUGUUAACAUCUUCUUUUCCGGGUUUCAGGGGAGAAGGACCAGCUCAUCCGGCAGCAUCAGGAGGAGCUGAGCGCCCAAAAGACCAGCUACCAGGAGCUCAAGUCCCAGUUCAUCCAGCUGGGCCUUGACCAUGCUAAGGCUCUGAAAGCUGCUGAAGCUGACGCAGCGGCCAAGAUGCAUGAGGCUCUUGAGGAUGCCAGAAACUCCAACAUGGUGUUGCAGGCUGAGCUGGAGGAGCUGGCCAAGGUGCAGAAAGCUGCCGAGGAGAAGGUCGCGCGGCUCGAGGCGGAGCAGAAGGAGUACGACCGGCUGGUCGUGCAAACUGAUGCACAUGCCUACCGCCUCUUCCCAGACUCUCAGAGGUUCGCCAUCAAGAAGGUUGAUGAGCACCGCGUUGCCCAGGCCCAGAAGAAUCUUGACGUGCCGUGGACCCCCUAUGACCAUCUGGUUGCGUUGAACGCGCGGGUGUCUCACAUGCGCGCCAUAGAUCGUAACCUCUCUGAUAUUCCUGAUGUAGCUACCCAGCUCUUCAGGACUCUGAGGCCUGGCGAGGAGGUGCCGGAUACUUUCUCGCUGAUCAGCGACCGCCUCAAGGGUGCCGGCAGGAGGAUCCGCGAGUGGCAGUGCUCCGCUGCCCGCGCUGGAGCAGACUCUGCACUCCGCGUUGCCUGUUCAUGGUAUCCGGAGCUGAACUUGGACGCCCUCACCGGAGUGCGUGAAGGCGCGGAAACCGAUUUGGACCCGAUCCUCACCGCUAAGCGGCAGGAUCGUGCGUACCACAUCGCGGAGUACGCCGAUAUGCGCACCUUCAUCCCUCCCCCUCCUGACGUUCAGGACUACCUCGACGAGGAGGAGGAUGAAGCCGAGGAGGAGCCUCUGGGCGAUGCCGGUGCUGGAGAUGCUCCUCCGGAAGCCCCCGCUGCCUGA